AUGAUUAUUAGAAGAAGAAUCACUUCUAAAUAGUUAACUUCGAGUUGUUAUUUGUAACUGUCCCUGCUAGUUUUGUAAGCGUUUGACUUGCAGCACACUACAUUUAAGUGUACUAUUAUUCAGGUUGCACUGCAACAAUACAGGUUUGUUAUUGUGACGAUGUGAUGGACGGAGGGAGAAGAUCAGCCUCAGAUGGAAGAGCUCAUGGAAAAGCUUUCGCCUGUUCUCCCCUGGGUUCUUCACAAGCUGAGUUCUGGCACAGCACUCCUGUUAAAAAGGAAAAUGGUGGCCCUCCACUGACUGUUACACAGAACACUGUCUUAACCAGCUUGGACACCACAGCAAAACAAAACAGCCAUUUUGACUCUGAGUUCCCUGUGAAGGACCUGAGUGGUUCCACCAUCCAGAGGCAGAGGAGGGAGCUGCAGCUGCUGAUGUCCGAGCUGAAGGACCGUGAGCGAGAGCUCAACAACAUGGCUGCAUCCCAUCACAAGCAGCUCUACAUCUGGGAACAAGAUCGCCAGAAGGUGCUCAGCCUGGAACAGAGGUGUUCCUGUUUAGACGAAGAGUUGCAGAAGCGCAAUGAGAUGAUCAGAGUCCUGACUAAGCAUGCGUGGACAGUGGAAAACAGGGUGAAGGAGGUCCAGAAGGAGCUGAGCGUAGCCCAAGAACAGCUCCAAGAGUUUGAACAGAAACAACAGCACAUCAGCCAGAAAUGUCAAGAUUUUGAGGACAAGAACCAGAGUCUGAACUCCACACUAAUGUCUCUGUCCAGUCAAUUUGGGUCUCUGCAGGUCAAGGAUGAAGAACUGAGUUCCAUGCUCAAACUUAAGGAUAAAGAUCUGACUGAGGCAUCGAGUCAUAUAGUCGAUCUCUCAGGGCGUCUGCGAGACCUGGAGACGUCACUAACAGACAGUCGCUCAAGAGAAAACAAGCUUCAGAGAGACUUGGAGGAAAGAAAACUGCGUUACAAAGAAACAAGACACGAAGUCACUUCCCUUAAAGAGCAGCUGCAGCAGCAAAUAACACAGAGCAGCACUCAAAGAGAGGAGAUCAUCCGUCUCAAACAGGAGCUGCAGCUGCUCCACAGAGAUCUGGCUUUGUCAGGAGAGAGCGACACCUGGAAAGACGACCUGUUGGAAAUGGCCCACUCUAAACAGGAACGCACCAUGUCUGAACUUCGCUGCCUGCGACAGGUAUGUGAGAAUCAGAGGAAUGACCUGCAGCUGCUGCAGUUAAACCUGGAAAGUGCCCGGGAAACUCUGAGGGAGAAAACCAAACAUGCGCUACUGCUGAGUCAGGAGGAGUUGAGCCGCUCACCUCCAUCGUUCAGAGGGGAGAACUCAGCACCUGGACAUGAAACUUCCACUUUACCUGGAGCAACGAUCCAGCAACGACCAGUGAACAAUGACCGGGGAAUCUUCUCAUCACACGUGAUAGAUGGCGAUGAUCCUCUGUCCAGCAGUUUCUUGCAACAGCUGCGUGAUGAAAUCAUGCCCCACCAUUUGAGAACCCACAGCUUUUCAUACAACAGUGGCCCCGCUGUGAGCUACUACGCCACUGAACCCCUUCACUCUCAGAAGGUCCAGUCACCCCAGCACCAUCACCACCAAAACCCUUGUAGCCCGCCACAAAAGGCCGGUGAAACCCCACCCAAAGCCUGCCCUCAACCUGGUGUCAGCCGGCCAAGUGGAUGCCUGCACACAGACUGAGGAGGAGAUGAUUUUCUGUGGAAAAUUCAGCAUUUACCAAACUCACAUUAUGCACUGAAUUAAAUAUUAAAUCAGUAUUAUUACAUUUAAAUGAAUGUCUGUGUAUGUACACAGCCAAAUGUUGAACAAUACUGCCUCAGGAAAACAAGAUGAAGUGAUUCAAUCAUGAACUAUCAUAACUGUGUAUAACCUUUUUUAAAUAUAUAUACCUUUUUGUUUUUAA